GACACAAACGAAUCCUGAAAUUAAACACCUACAAAAAUCACAAGAGCCAGAAAAAAAACUCAGUUAUCAGCACCGCCGCAGCCGCCGCCAGAGCAUCUUCUGGCGUCGCUCUCUGAUCUCCACGAUCGACGAACCAGGGAUGGCCCGUCGCUAUAGCAGGCAGGAGGAGGCCCUUGAGAUCAAAUCCCUCCGCCGCAUCCUCAGCGCAUACCUCAAUUAUUCGGAUGCUGCUGAAGAGGACGUAAGAAGAUAUGAAAGAUCUUUUGCAAAGCUUUCACCUGCUCACAAGGAUCUUCUUUCGCAUUUGCCUGUAAAGUACAAGAGAAUUCGAUGGUGUAUAUCUGUGAAUACAUUUUUUAUUAUGAGUAUGCUUCAGGCAUUUGAACCUCCAAUAGAGAUGAACCAGGGUGUAAAUUUUGAUGAUCAUGAUGGUCAGGGAGAUACUGUUGAAGGCAAUCCUCUCUCAGCAACUUUAUCCAAUCCUAUAGACAGGGAUGUUUGCUCAGAACAUUUGACCAUCAGUGGAAGUCAUGUUUCCAUGCAUCUGACACUCGAUGGCAAGGAAGAGAACAAUUUAGUCAACGAUGCUACAAGAAGUAAUGGUAAAGAGGCCCUUAACUGAUGACCACUGCAAGGAGCCAUGUGAUUGUCACCAAUCUGCAAGCUGUUGUGAUUCUCUUACUAAUGCAAAUGUAAGUUCACCACCACGAGAUUGGUUAGAUAUGUCCUCACGGGCUAACGUACCUCUAGCUGAUGUUGACAAGAUGGAUGUGUGCUACUUCCAUGGUGGUUGAACUUCUA